UAUAGAGAGAGAGUUUGAUCUUUGGAAAUUAAGAAAAUAAUUUAUAUAUAUAAUGAGGUUUAUUGUUGUUAGUGUUUUUGGUAUAAUAUUAUUAAUUAUAAUUAAUAUAUGUAAAGCUAAUUAUGAUAAUGAUGAAUAUCAAAAUAAUUAUACUCAGUUUCUCAUCUCUAAUGGAGUUGCUCGUACACCUCCAAUGGGUUGGAACAGCUGGAAUCAUUUUCAGUGCAAUGUAGAUGAGUGGACUGUAAAGACCACAGCAAAUGCUCUUAUUACAACUGGCUUGGCAGCACUUGGAUACAAAUAUGUGAACAUAGAUGAUUGUUGGGGAGAAUCAAACAGAGACGAGAAAGGAAAUUUAAAAGCGAAAUUCAAAACUUUUCCUUCUGGAAUCAAAGCUCUGGCAGAUUACAUUCAUGGAAGAGGAUUAAGACUCGGCUUAUAUUCUGAUGCUGGUUUCAUGACGUGCAGUAAGACAAUGCCUGGCUCACUUGGGCAUGAAGAUCAAGAUGCAAGAACCUUUGCUCAAUGGGGGGUCGAUUAUUUAAAGUAUGAUAAUUGCUACAAUGAUGGAUCUAAGCCUCAAGAAAGAUACACUAAGAUGAGUUAUGCAUUGUCUAAGGCUGGUCGGCCAAUCCUUUAUUCCUUGUGUGAAUGGGGACAAGAGAAUCCAGCAACAUGGGCCGGUCGAUAUGGUAAUUCUUGGCGAACUACCGGAGACAUUAAAGACACUUGGGAGAGUAUAACAUCCAUUGCAGAUCAAAACAAUAUUUGGGGAAGGUAUGCAGGGCCAGGCAAGUGGAAUGAUCCAGACAUGUUGGAAGUGGGAAAUGGAGGGAUGAAUGUAGAGGAAUAUCGAUCACAUUUUAGUAUUUGGGCAGCAAUGAAGGCUCCAUUGCUAAUUGGAUGUGAUGUUAGAUCUUUGAGCAAAGAAACUCUUGAAAUCCUUGGAAACAAAGAAGUGAUUAGUGUUAAUCAAGACCCUUUGGGUGUUCAAGCAAGGAAAAUUCGAUCCAAAGGUGGACUAGAGGUUUGGGCUGGGCCAUUAUCAAGAAAAAGAGUGGUGGUAGUGUUUUGGAAUAGAGGUAACUCCAUGGCUGCAAUAUCUGUGGGAUGGAGAGAAAUUGGACUCUCAACCUUUACACAUGUUCUUGUUAGAGAUUUGUGGAAGCAUUCAUUUGUGUCAAGAAAUAUGAGUUAUCGAUUGAGUUCUUAUGUUGGUCCUCAUGGAUGUAAGAUGUAUAUACUUUCACCUCAUUAACAACAUCAUGAAACUUAAUAAUUUUGAGUGAAUAUUAAUUAAGCACUUUUUCUAAGAAUAAUUAUAUAUAUUUAUACCUAUAUAUAUGAUUUGGUCAUGUAAAGAUAAUAAAUUCAACUUAAUUAUACCAUGCAGAUCAAGCUGUUCAGUUUGGAUAUUUAAUUUCAAA